CCGGGCUGUGUGUGAGCGCGCUGGGCGGCGGCGAGUUCCCCGCACGGAGCGGGCGGCUGCGCGAUGUGAGGUGGGGCCGGCGCUGGGCGCUGCACGGAGCGCGGCCGCUGCUGCAGGGGCAGCCCGGGCGGGCCCGGGGGCGCGGCGCGGCGCGGCGGGGCGGGGAGGGCAGGGCAGCGCCGCUGUCUCCACCUCCUGCGUCCCCGCCCCUGCUCGGCCAGCCCGGCGCCGCGCCGGGGACACCGCUCCCGCCCGCGGAUGAGGGCGAGCGCUGCCCGCCGCCGGCCCGCAGGAGCCGCCUGGUAGCCCGGCCCCAGGUCCCCGGCGGCGGCGCGGGCAGGAGCCCCGGGGCGCCGCCGCCGAGACCAUGAGGAAAUUUAACAUCAGGAAGGUGCUGGACGGGCUGACCGCCGCGUCGUCCUCCUCCUCCUCCGCCACCGCCUCCGCGCAGCAGCAGGCGGCGGCCGGGGCCCGCGACAGCGACAUCGCGGAGACGCUGCAGUCCGAGCACUUCCAGCUCUGCAAGACUGUACGCCAUGGUUUUCCCUAUCAGCCUUCAGCUUUGGCAUUUGAUCCUGUUCAGAAGAUACUGGCCGUCGGGACUCAGACUGGAGCAUUAAGGCUUUUCGGUCGGCCAGGAGUUGAAUGCUACUGCCAACACGACAGUGGAGCUGCAGUAAUCCAACUCCAGUUCCUGAUUAACGAGGGAGCUCUUGUGAGUGCCUUGGCUGAUGACACCUUACACUUAUGGAACUUGCGUCAAAAGAGACCUGCUAUACUGCAUUCCCUUAAAUUUAACCGAGAAAGGAUAACAUUUUGCCAUCUGCCUUUUCAAAGUAAAUGGCUAUAUGUGGGCACCGAAAGAGGAAACAUUCAUAUUGUCAAUGUGGAAUCCUUCACUCUCUCAGGCUAUGUCAUCAUGUGGAAUAAAGCCAUGGAACUAUCAUCCAAAUCUCACCCAGGACCUGUUGUUCAUAUUAGUGACAAUCCAAUGGAUGAAGGAAAGCUCCUGAUUGGCUUUGAAUCUGGAAUAGUCUCAUUAUGGGACCUCAAGUCGAAAAAGGCAGAUUACAGAUAUACACAUGAUGAGGCUAUCCACUCUGUUGCUUGGCACCAUGAAGGAAAACAGUUCAUUUGUAGCCACUCAGAUGGCACCUUGACCAUAUGGAAUGUAAAAUCCCCUACCAAACCACUUCAGACAAUCACGCCCCACGGAAAACAACUGAAGGAUGGGAAGAAGCCAGAGCCUUGUAAACCUAUACUUAAGGUGGAAUACAAAACAACUAGGGCUGGGGAGCCUUUUAUUAUUCUAUCGGGAGGCUUGUCAUAUGACACUGUAGGAAGAAGACCUUGUUUAACAGUUAUGCAUGGGAAGAGUACUGCUGUGCUAGAAAUGGAUUAUUCAAUUGUUGAUUUUUUAACCCUCUGUGAAACACCAUAUCCUAAUGAUUUUCAGGAACCAUAUGCUGUGGUGGUUCUUCUUGAAAAGGAUUUAGUACUUAUUGACCUUGCACAAAACGGGUAUCCUAUAUUUGAGAAUCCCUACCCUUUGACUAUACAUGAAUCUCCUGUUACCUGUUGUGAAUAUUUUGCUGACUGUCCUGUGGACCUCAUUCCUGCACUUUAUUCAGUGGGGGCUCGGCAGAAACGUCAAGGUUACAGUAAAAAGGAAUGGCCUAUCAGUGGAGGCAACUGGGGCUUGGUCACUCAGAGUUACCCAGAGAUAAUUAUUACAGGGCAUGCUGAUGGAUCAAUCAAGUUUUGGGAUGCGUCUGCAAUAACACUGCAAGUUCUUUACAAGCUCAAAACAGCUAAAGUUUUUGAAAAAUCACGGAAUAAGGAUGACAGACCAAACACAGACAUAGUAGAUGAAGAUCCCUAUGCUAUUCAAAUCAUCUCAUGGUCUCCAGAAAGUAGGAUGCUGUGCAUAGCAGGAGUUUCUGCACACGUUAUCAUUUACAGGUUUAGCAAACAAGAAGUGACAACAGAAGUUAUUCCGAUGCUUGAAGUCCGGCUGUUGUAUGAAAUAAAUGACAUAGAAUCCCCAGAUGGUGAGCAAGUGCCACCUUUGCCAACUCCAGGCACAGGUUCCAAUCCUCAGUCCAUUGCCCCCCAGUCUCAUCCAUCAACUAGUAGCAGCUCAUCUGAUGGGCUUCGUGAUAAUGUCCCAUGUUUAAAAGUCAAAAAUUCUCCCCUUAAGCAGUCUGCGGGUUACCAAACUGAACUGGUUAUUCAGCUCGUGUGGGUGAGUGGAGAACCUCCUCAGCAAAUAACUAGUCUGGCAGUCAACUCUGCCUAUGGCCUAGUAGUAUUUGGCAACUGUAAUGGUAUUGCAAUGGUUGAUUACCUCCAGAAGACAGUGCUCUUGAACCUAGGCACCAUUGAAUUGUAUGGCUCUAAUGAUCCCUAUCGUAGGGAACCUCGAUCUCCCCGAAAAACUCGGCAGCCGUCAGGAGCUGGUCUUUGUGAUAUUAAUGAAGGGACAGCAGUGCCAGAGGAUCGCUGUAAGUCACCUACUUCAGGGACAAAGCUCACAGGCAAAGAUAUUCUUAGCUUGGGCGUGCAUGGUGUCUAUCAAGCUGUGAAGAAAGCAACAUUCUCAUGCUACAGUAUAGUUUGUUCGGGUUCUCCAAACAAUUCUGAUGAUGAUCAAAAAAUGAAUAAUUUUAUAGAAAAGGUGAAGACCAAAAGCAGAAAGUUUUCCAAGAUGGUAGCCAAUGACAUAGCGAAGAUGUCCAGAAAGCUAAGUUUGCCGACUGAGUUGAAGCCUGAUUUAGACGUCAAAGACAACUCCUUCAGUAGAUCCCGGAGUUCCAGUGUAACUAGUAUCGAUAAAGAAACCCGAGAAGCAAUUUCAGCUCUUCAUUUUUGUGAAACUUUUACACGCAAAUCUGAUACGUCACCUUCUCCAUGUUUAUGGGUUGGGACUACCCUGGGUACAGUAUUAGUCAUUGCACUGAACCUACCCCCAGGAGGAGAGCAAAGACUUAUUCAGCCAGUAAUUGUUUCUCCCAGUGGAACCAUACUGAGGCUAAAAGGAGCAAUCCUGAGAAUGGCUUUUCUGGACACCACAGGAUCUUUAGUUCCACCAGCAUAUGAGCCCUGGAGAGAAUACAACGUUUCUGAAGACAAAGAAGAAAAGGAUAAAUUGAAAAAACGGCGGCCUGUCUCUGUGUCCCCCUCUUCCUCUCAGGAAAUCAGUGAAAACCAAUAUGCAGUGAUAUGUUCUGAAAAGCAAGCAAAAGUUAUCUCACUGCCAUCACAGAACUGUGUUUAUAAACAAAAUAUAACAGAGACUUCUUUUGUUCUUCGUGGAGAUAUAGUGUCCUUGAGUAAUAGUAUCUGCCUUGCGUGUUUCUGUGCCAAUGGACAUAUUAUGACCUUUAGUUUGCCAAGUUUAAGGCCAUUGUUGGAUGUAUACUACCUGCCUCUCACCAAUAUGCGGAUAGCCAGAACAUUCUGCUUCACCAACAAUGGGCAAGCAUUGUAUCUUGUCUCGCCUACAGAAAUCCAGAGAAUCACCUACAGUCAAGAAACUUGUGAAAAUCUACAGGAAAUGUUGGGUGAACUCUUUACUCCAGUAGAAACUCCAGAAGCACCAAACAGGGGGUUCUUUAAAGGAUUGUUUGGAGGCGGUGCCCAGUCUCUUGACAGGGAAGAACUUUUUGGAGAAUCAUCAUCUGGAAAGGCAUCAAGGAGUCUUGCUCAGCAUAUCCCAGGGCCAGGUGGUAUCGAAGGUGUUAAAGGAGCAGCAUCUGGUGUUGUUGGUGAACUAGCACGAGCCCGGCUGGCACUAGAUGAAAGAGGACAGAAACUGGGAGACCUGGAAGAAAGAACGGCAGCUAUGCUUUCUAGUGCUGAUUCUUUCUCUAAACAUGCUCAUGAGAUGAUGUUGAAGUACAAGGACAAGAAGUGGUACCAGUUCUGACACCCCACAUCCAAAUGCAUCUAUUUAACUUUAUUUUGAGGAAAAAAAUAUUUUUUCUUUUACUUAAUUUCUUCAGGACCAUGGAGUUAAGAGGAGUAUUCACCAUUGGAUACUGUUGUUUCGUAGCACAAGUCAUACCCUGUUUUACCUCCGUCAUAUGGCUUUAACUGAGGAGCAUUAUGUCUGAGAGAGAGAGAGAGAGACAAAAAACUGGAGUGUUUGUCUUAGCUGUGGGUUGAAUGAGAGCUCGGGAAUAGAGCAAGUAAUAAAAGACACGUGAAGAAGAGGUAGAAUGAAGGGGAGAAAUGUCAUGUGAGAUGGGCAGGGGCAAUGCAGGAUCUAUCCUGUGUUAAAAUUUCAUAUGCCAAAAGUUUUUGUGCUAUUGUAACUGCUGCCAGUGUUUCACCCUCCUGUGAGGGGAGGCAAUAAAUCAGGGGUCCAAGAGCUGGAAUAAAGUUGUUUGUCUUAUUGGACUGUUAACAGCUGACUUACGCCUAUCCUCCCUAGGACUGGUCAUUGUUGUUGUUGUUGAAGAAGAGUUAAACUCUUGCUGCCAUUUCUUGUAUCAGAGAAGCUGGAAGUUUGAAAAGUCCAUCUUGAAAAUGUAUACAUAGUUGACCUCUACGUAGUCUCUUCUUGGACCCCUGAUCUAGUUUUCUUGUAUUCACACCAUACUCUGUCAAGUGCAAAACAAGAGGAUAAAUAAUUUUGCAUUAAAAAUAUCAAGUGACUAAUAUGACUCAACUGUGUGUCAUGCUGGGAGUUUUCAUUUGUGUUAUAGCUGUGCAAUGUGAAAAGUGAAAACAUCUUCAUCGUGAUGAGGAGAAUACUUCAAUGUCUGUUACCUAUCUUGUUUCAUUUAGCUAAAUAGGAUUUUUUUCACCAUUGGUUCAGUUUGUAAAAUGUUUGGAAUUGGCUGUAGGUUUCCUUCAUGCUGUGAAUUUUUAUAAAUGUUUAACAGAAUGUAUCUUUACAGCCAUUAAAAUUGCUGAGAUUGGUUUCAAGCAAAACCUGCAGCUAAGAUAUAUAUGCCCCUUUAGUUCUUUCCUACCAAAUCAAACAACCUUGGACUCAGGUUUCAAACAUUUUUAAACUCAGUGGAGAUGCUGUUGCAUGGAUUACAGCAAGCAUCUAAUGCUAAUUAUAACUAUCAGUGUCUAGUCUUCUAGCAGAUUUCUCAAAUCUUAUUGUAGAGCUGCUAAGUUUAUAUCGUAGUCCCUUCAAAUACUGAAGAAUGCUUACCUAAAAAUUGGAUUUAGUUGGUAAAACUAGUGUUUGUUAUACAUAGGGCUGAUAUCGAAAACGACCAAUUAAGAGGUUCUUUAUUUCAGGAAGUGGCAGACCAUUAAUUAAAUUUGGUCAGGCAAAAAAUUCAUGCAGCUGAGCCAAUUUAAUAAUUGCUGCACCAAAGCCAUAUCUGUAGGGAUGGCCAGAGUUUAAAUUGAGAGAGCGCGAGAGAUGCUUAGAAGUAUCUGUAUUUCAGAAACUAAACUAAUCAUUUUCUUAACCUCCAAUUGGAAAUAGGCCUGGUUGUAUUUUGCAGUGGGGAAUAAUUAGAAAGUAAGAGCUGUUGUAUUUUAAAUGUUCCUAUAAGAAUCAAUAAAAUUGACUCCUCCUAGCACCUUAACUCUGUAUGUGUGUGCUAUGCACUUCUCUUCAAGCAUUCCCAGAGCAAAACUGGUUGGUAUGGUUAAAUGUAAUUUAGUAAUGUUUACAGGAAACAUGGCUGCUUAUUUGAGAGAUGCAAAAUAUAAAGGGUUACGGAUUCUUUAAGAAAGUAAAAAGAAAAUUGUCAGUUUCAUCCCCCCAAAUAUGUUCAGAAUUUGUGACGCACAUUGAUUAAUUAGAUUUGUGUAUGUUAACUUAAUUUGAUCUAAUUGAGAAAAGGAAUAAACUAAAAGGCAAUAAAUGAGUUCUGUUGUCUGCAUCUGGGAGAUGUACUGUGGAUUCUACCAUUCUAUGCUGCACCACAACAUAAAAACCCUGACUUUUUAUAUGUUUUUGUAAGUGGUCCAGCAUGUAAAGAAAAGUUACCAUUCUAAAUUCUGACUAAUUCCCCAUAGAUAUGGGGUUUAAUUUAACACCAGCUACAUGAUAACUUGGCCUGCAUCAUUUUAGCACUUCAUGUGACACAUUUUUAUGGUAUCAUUUUGCCUCUUUUAUAUUAAAGUAAUAUUGUGUUUGCUUGCAGUUCAGAAAGCAGAGAACAAGAUUACUAGAUAAUUUAUUUCUAAAAUUAGAGGUGCAAUUUUCUCCUUCCUCCCCAAUUUCAAAAUAUUUCUGUUGCUGGUACUCUGACCUGAUCAAGAUAUGGACUGCAUUUCAAAGCAACAGGAAUCUAUUGGAGAAUUAUUUUGAUCAAUCUCUGGGAGAGGUGCUAGUAGAAGUACUUAUCAACAAGUCAUAAUGUCAGAUCCAUGAAAGCUGGCACUGGUUUGAGAGGGAAACUUGCUUGCUCUUCUGAGAAAAGCAUUAGAGAACUACCAGCAGGCAAAGGAAGACUAAAUGGAAUGAGAAAGUAUAUGCUAACACAGGAAAAAUAUUGGUUUAUUUGGACUGAAGAAUCUGAUGCAAUUUCUUUAACAUUUAUUUCUGCUGCUUGUGUGUUUUUGUUUGAAAAUUGAAGAUCAUAACAUUCAUUUCUUAAACAUGAAUUCACAGUUGGUUCUUAGUUAUGAGAGUUGCGUACUCUUUUUUUAAUUGCAUUUCAGUCUUAAACAUUAGUUUUGUCAUUUUUCUCAUCAAAGAGAUGAUACUGAGGCAAAGUCUCAUUUUUAUUUGCUGUUAUUGGUCAAGUCCCUCUAAAAUGAAUUUACUUGAAAGAGGGGAAUCGCAUUUGUCCUCUUGGUUGGCAUUUUAGUUGUUUAACCUUUUACUCUGUAUCUGGAAGAAUAGCAAAAUACAACUGAACUCUAUAACUCUUUCCUCUCUCAUCUUUUGAUGGAAGUGUGAGAAGUUGCUGCUAUUUAUUUGUCUUUUAUGUACUGUGUCGCAUUUAAUUACCUUGAAACUGAAGAAGCUUUUCUUCAACAUAGGAAUCCUGCCAAAUUAUUAUUUCUUCUGAAUGUUGUUUCAUGUAAAUAUGUGUCUACUCCAAAUAAGUCUGAAAGUGUUACACCCCAGGCAUCUUGAAAGAUUUGUUGUUUGGAAAAUGAACACUUACGAAGUAUUACAUUAAUUUAUAACUGUAUUACUUGUCUGUAUUUUAACAUAGUUCUGCUAUGUGUUUCUUGCAUGACAGAGCGCAUUAGAAAGCUAUAUCCAAAGGUGAUUUUUUUUUUGGCAGUUUUUUUUUCCUUUUUCCUUUUUUUCCCCUUUGCUUAAGUAGCACUGAUCUCACCUGAACUUUAAACUUGAAUUUUUUCCUGCACUUUAAUUCAGACUUGGUAUUUUGAUUGUUAAUUUUUAUUUUCAUGUUUCUGUAGUUCAGGUUCAUUAUUUGUAUAUAAGCACAUACAUUCAAUAUGGAGAGCUUAGAACAGUCUAAUAUGUGUACAUUUGAAAAUUACGUAAACCAAUGAAUGUGUGUUUUCAUCAAAAAUUGUGUAUUUAAAUAUAUACAAUAUAGAAUCUAACAAAAGGCAUUUAAUUUGUCAGGAUUUUCAGUUUUAAAAUUACUGCAACACUUUCAGAUUUGUUUCUAGAUCAUUCAAGAUAGUAAUUUGUUAUAUUUAUACAUAUUUCUGAAGAAUACUUUUAAUUUUCAAAAGAAUUUUAUAUAUGUACACUUAACUUUAAUUUUAGAAGUUUAAGUCAGAGUACUUAAAGGAUGUAUAUUAUCCAUACAAAAAGUUGUUUUAAGCUUAUAAGAAAUACAUUCAUGUCUCUUAUUGAGAUACAAUUGCUAACCACGAAAAAGAGAGACCCCAUUUGCUUCACUUGAAAUGCUUUGCUGAAAUUUAUUAUAUUUGCAGUGAGAUGACCCACAUUUUUGAACAUUUUAAAAUUAUUCCUUAGCUUAGGGAGUGAAAGAUACUGUAUUUAAAAAAAUCAAACCUAGUGGAAAACCUUUCUCAAGAGCUGCAACUUGCUGUUGGAUGUUUACCAUAAUUUUUGUUUUAAAAUUAUUUGUAGAGUAAUGAAAAAAAUAGUUUUUCAGGUAUUUUAUUCAGCCUUUUUAAAUAAUAAAUUUCCAAAAAAUGAAAAUGGAGUUUUAUGUAUUUUUGUCCAAUGAAGGGGUUUUUUUGUAGUUAAUAAAUCUUGGUUCCACAUUAGUUUUACACUUGGUGAUCAACAUUACAUGUUUUCAGAUUUUGUUUUGAAAACCAUAUAGCCUAUGGCUGAAGUGCCCUCCUCUUUCUAUUCAUGGUUUGAUUUAACUGGGUAUAAAUUUGACUGCAGUUGCAGUGCUGUGUUGAUGUAUGUUGUUUGAAUUAUGUGCAAUGAUUGCCUUCCUUUACAGUGUAGUUUGUCAGUUGUACUUUUUCCUCAUUUUAGCCAGAUUCUUGUAAAUCUUAUGUGAAUCUUUUCCUGUGGUUGAUGAUGACUUUGCUGCUGCCACAAAAAAAAUUCAAGCAUUUUGUAGACAGAAAUUAACUGUAUUGAGGAAAAAUAAUAAAAAGUGGAAAACAUAGUGCAUGUGGAUCAGCUGAACUGUCUAACUUUAUUUUCAAUUUCAUUGUUUAAUUUGCAUUGAAAAGUAAAGCUGAAUUAAAAUGAUACCCUUUUUUUAUAAUCACGUGUUUUAUAUAGAUGUAGUAUACACCUUAUAUUUGAUUCUAAUGUUUCAAGAGAGGUGAGUGUAUUUCUAGGUUAUUUUACACUUAGAAAUUUCAGGCAUUGAUUUUUGGUGUCUGUUGAGAGAGAGAUUUUAUUAUACAACAAUCAAAUAGAAGAUGCAACUAGAUCGGUAUUAUUUUUAGUUUUAAGACAAAGCACUUAAAUGCAUUUUUUUUAAUUUUCUGUAACUGUAGAAUUCUUUUGGCAAUUGCAUUCCUUUAUUAAUAGUUAUGCUACAUAUAUACCAGUCGAGCAAUUCAUAGAAAUUAAACCCUUUUUCAGUUUAAUACAGGCAAGGAGUUGUGUACGGAGUAACAUUCAGCAAUAGGCAAUGCAAACGGGGAAGGAGGGGAACAUAUUUUAAAUAUUCCCUUUUUUUAAAAUGUGUAAAUAAAGAGUACUACAUUACUUUAGACCUGAGCUCUGCUAUGCAUAGUAGUUAGAACUAGGAGAAACAUGCUGCUUUCUAGUUGUGCUACUCUUUCAUUGUACCAGCACCAUGGGGCAAGGGGGGCCGGGGAGGAAAAACAUCAGUAAAUUUUUCUAACAUUGCCCAUUUGUUGGGUAAGCAUGCUUGAUGUAGAGAUUCUAGCUUGUAUCUUAGUCUGUACAUCCGUAGAUUUUUUUUUCUUUCUUCCUUUUGUUCCUUUCAGCAGUUAUUCUUCAGUUAAGUCUUGCUGAGCCCCACUAACUCUUCUGAGGGUGAUUGCUGGAAUAUGCAUUUUAGGUAGGACUGCCAAUCCAUCUGUCUACAAAUAUAGUUUCAUAUGAUCUGCAAAUUGUACUGUUACAAACACAACUAUGUUAGACUGCAUAGAGUUAUUUUACUUACAUGUACUUGAACUAUGUCAUCAUAACAAAGGUUAAAAAUUAAGUAUGGAAUAUUUUUGUAAAUAAGAAAUACCUGUGCAGCUGGUAUUUUAAAUGAAAAAAAAUGUAUUAUACAUUAAUGUUUCAGAAAAAAUAUUCAUAUAUGUGUAUAUGAAUGUGUCAUUAUGCUGAAGGGCUCUGAUUGGGCAAAAUAAACUAUUCAAAUCUCUCCUGAAACAACUGUAA